AUGAAGAUCAGCAUCAGCUCACCAAUAUUAAUUUUGGCCGCGUGGUGCCAGCUGGGAAGUGCAGAGACCACGCACUCGUACCAGUUUGCAGCCUCCAAAGUGGACGCUGCCUCGUCGCUGAUCGCAGAGAUGGGUAGAUCACUAACUCUGGACGAUACGGGCCAUUCCACGGUGCAGGCGAUCAUCGACGUUUUCAGCUACGACGUGAGUGCAAAUGAGAAGAAGUACAAGUCGUUUCUAAGGGCCACAAACAACCCGAGCGCAUCGACGUUUGUGAACAAACUGGAGUCUGUACUCAGCUACCAGGAGACCGCAGCUUCCACGGGCUCCGAUGUGACCAAACUGGUUCAGCUGGAGCUGGGACUCAUGACUGCGGUUCCGUGGGUUGACACGGUUUACCAGGAACUAGCAUACCAGCUGGACGCAGUGAGUUAUGCGUCCAACAGUUCUGUGGCUGUGGAUACUAAAUUGGAACAUUUCCACUAUGUGACCACCACGAGCGGGUGGGGCAGCUCGAUCAGCCCACACUCGUCAAAUACGCCUUCCCACUCCGCAUUCAGCGUCGCCGCGGCCAGCUCGCUCGCUAACAACACCUCAGCCCCCGUUUCCACUGCCUUUUAA